UUGCAGAGAGGAGGGGGUGAGUGGAGAAACCAAAAGAAGCUCCCAGCCUAAGGCGCUCCUCAGACAUGCUCUCCACACAUAGCUGGCCUAUCUGGGGAUUCUUUCUGGGAGCUUACUAGAAGCGGACCCGUUUCUUCUACUGGAUCUCUAUUUUGGUUUAAACACCGGCAACUUUAUUGUUUUUACAGGUGGGUUGUGAUUUAUGAGCCAAAUGAGUUUUCCGUGCACAAUGACCGCCUACAGUGGGUUUUACCUACGGAGGUGUUUGUUGUCCUUGGGGGCAGUGAUGCUCUUCUUGGCCGUUGUGUCGCCGGUUCUGGGUGACUGUCCCACAUCGUGUGUGUGCUCCGUGCCGGCCGAAGUGCACUGCACCUUUCGAUACCUGAACGCGGUGCCUGCCCAGAUUCAACCAGCUGUGGAAAGAAUUAACCUCGGGUACAACAGUAUAACGGUCUUGCGCGUAAAUGCUCUUUCAGGGCUGGAUCAACUAGAAAUACUAAUGCUGCACAGCAAUCUUAUACACAGUAUUGAGGAUAGAGCAUUUCAGGAUCAACAAUCAUUACAGGUCCUGAAGAUGUCCUACAAUAAAGUCAAGGAACUCAAUAAACAGACAUUCAAAGGUCUGGAAAGUCUGCAGCGACUAUACAUGGACCACAAUUACAUUGACUUCAUUAGCCCAGAGGCUUUUUAUGGCCUAACCAAUCUACAGUUGGUUCAUUUGGAAGGUAACCACUUGCAACAGCUCCACCCAGACACUUUUAUUACUCUUAGACACAGCCAGGUGUUCAAGGUAUCCUCAGUAAGGACCCUCCACUUGUCUGACAACCUCCUUACAAGCCUCCCUGCGGAUAUUUUUUCUGGGUGCAGCCAUCUUGAGAAUCUCUUCCUCCAUGGCAACCGUUGGGCUUGUAAUUGUCAUAUGAAUUGGUUCCCAAUAUGGAUGCAGAUGCACACAGGAGUACUGAAAUGUAAGCGUGACAGGAGAUAUCCUCGAGGUCAGCUGUGCCCUGUUUGUGAAAAUCCAACCCUUUACCACAAGAGACCCCUCUCCUUUCUUCCUGGUGAGGCUUUUACUUGUGAAAAACCUUGGAUCCAUCCCCAUCUAAAGCAGAAAAACAUCAGCUUGGAUGAAGGGGAUUUCACUCCAGUUCUCCCAAAGGACUUUAUUGCCCCACUUGGCUCCAUACGAAUGAACUUGACAGAUCAGUUUCACAAUGACGCCAGCCUGUCGUGUACUGUCCAGAGGCCGUCUAAAUUCGAGAACUUCUCGUUAAGCAUGGAGGAUGUUGGGGAUGACAAAAUCACUACACUUACUACUAAGAUAACUACAUAUUUGGCAUGUAACAUUGGCAAUGAACAUAUCCAAAAUAUUUGGCAAAUUCUGGCAGCCUACAGUGAGUCGCCCAUGACACUUGAGAGAGGCUUUUUGUUGACAAAAAGUCCUGAAAUGGUGUACCGAUAUAGUCAGAAGACAGUGGGUGAAGAUGGGCUACACACAAACAUUGUCGCCGAAAUCAAAGCCCUUCCAGCUUGGCUGAUGCAAGGUGAGGUUAGUUUGCAGCUUGACCGUACAACAACUACUUUCUCUACUCUACAUAUCAAGUACCAGUCUGUCAUCAAUUUACGGGUGGAAAGAACAAUGCCGAGGAAAGACCACUAUUCCUGGACGAUGAUAAAGAAAGACAAUGAAACCAAGACUGAGCACACAGUAAUAACAGGUGGGGUCAUAAAGUUGAGCUGUCAUGUGCAAGGAGAGCCAAAGCCUUUGUUGGAGUGGAUUUUACCAGAUGGAGUUAAGGUGCAAGCCCCUUAUGCAAGUGAGGACAAUCGGAUCAUAAUUGCUGCAAAUGGAGAGCUCACGCUUCGGGGUGCAGAUGCCUCAGACACAGGCCUCUAUCACUGCAUUGCCACAAACUAUUUGGAUGCUGACAUUCUGGCUUUUCGUGUGACAGUUUUGUCCCCCAAUGUGGAGGAGGCUGAUGUCAAUGGUUUCCACAUAUCCCUGAAACAGAGGGAGCAUAUUCUUUUAGACUGUGGCAGCUCAGGAAGUCCUAAGGCAUCGGUGCAGUGGAUACUCCCAGACGACUCAAUAUUGGAAAGGUCUCAAGGGAAAUGGAGGGUAUUUGAGAAUGGCACCCUUUUUAUUGAGGGCCUCACUGUCAGGGACCGAGGUUUUUAUAGAUGUUUGGCUUCUAAUUACUUGGGAGUUGACCUCCUUGUUUCUCAGGUUGCUUUCAGUGAAAGCUCUGAGGUGGUGGCUGACUUUGAUAAUGGCGGAUCAGGUAUGGCGAUUGAGAAUCAGGUAGAUCGAACCUUAACUGACAACACGAUCACUUUGAGUGGCAUCCCUUCUUACAAACCCUUUGAUAGAACGUCGAAGGAGGCAAAAAUCAUUUCAGAUCGACGUCAUCCCAGAUUUAGAUCACCGGGCAAAGAUAUUUCAGGAGGUCGAAGAGGAAAGGGGAGGUAUUCCAUCAGCAACAGACGCACAUUUGGCAAUAGGGUGUUUGAUAAAACAAUUAACAAAGUUGAUCCAAAAUUAUUUGCAGAAUUGAUGAAGAAAACCCAAGAUGGAGCAAGAGAACACUCAAAAAAGAGAAAGACAGGAAGCGAGUCUAAGAGUGUUUUUUCAAAUGAUAAUGAAAUUGGCUCUGGUGAUGUAGACGAUGACAAUCUAAUUUUACUCUCUACAGUUUUGCCAACAAUAUAUAAACCUCAAGAAGGUAGUGUAUUUGGGAUGGAAAACAGAGAGUCUGAAAUAACAAUCAGUUACAACAGCGGUGUUACUGUGCCUAACGAAAGAGAAAAUUUAUCAACAGAUUAUACGCCAGUCCAUAAAUUUAUAUAUACACACAGUCCAGUUGAGAGCGAGAAGGAGGGUGUCACAACGUAUGACCUGAUGUCACACAAUACAGCCACCCUUCGUUUUGACAAAACUACAGAGCUUCAUUCCCUCAAAAGUAUUAAAAUGUCCGAAACUGUGACAGAUUCUUCUCUAGGAACUCAGCCCCAGUUCUCUGGAGAGUAUCCUUCAGAACCAGAGACAUCCACUGAGGUGUUUUCAUUCACCACUGAUCCUAAGUUUUCUCCAAUGAGGGAUAGUACAGACCCCAUAGAGGUUUUCGUCCACUCUGAUCCAGACAGCCAAUCAACCAUUACUGCUGUCACCACCACAGAGAGACGGGAAGAUCAAAUCACCUUCCAUACCACCCAAACCAUAAAAUCCCCACCUUUAGGCUCCACUAUCAUCUCCAAGCAGCAUAUUCAUAUAAUACCACACAAGAAAAGCAGAGGAGGGGGGCGUAAAAGAAUUUUCCACGGUCGCAGAAGAAUCAUUAAACCCAAGAGGAUUACUGACAUACAAUCCAUUAUCAAUAAACUAAUGCAGCCUUCCGAGCGGAAUACUACAGUACCAUACAGAAUUGAAAUGACAACAGAUAUGGAACUAUUCACACCCACUACACAAUUUGGAGCAAGAGACAAAACCACAAACAAAAAGAUACAGGGAAGGCAAAGAAAGCCAACCACCCCUAAAACAUUAACUACUUCUCAGGCUUCAACUGAAAUAUUAACCACAUUUCCUUCCACUCUACCCACUUUAACAUCACACGUACCAAAAGAAUCGGAGGCUCUUUCCCCAACCAGGAAAACAGAAACAAAAGUCACUUUGUUUGAUGACGACUAUGGAGAUUCGUUUUCUGCAGAUUUUGAGCCUUCAUAUCAGAAGCCUACUGCUCAGGCUCUAACUACAAUGACCCCAACGUAUUAUUCAAAGUCCUUGACCACUACUGAAACACCACUACAAUCACAAACUCUUGCCUCCCCGCCUACAGUCAAACCAUUCCAAGAGGAAAAUCCUGAGACAGCACUAGCAUAUGGGUCUGGUGGGCUUAUAGAUGAUUUUCCUAAAAAAAUAUAUGGUAGAAAGAGGGGGCGCCAAGGACGAAGAAGGAGGCCAUCUAUGGGACACAGACCCUCAAAGAAAUAUAACACUACACAAUUGUCUCCAAUAAGCUCAACUAAGAUUUUUGACAACAAGAAAACAAUUAUGGAAACCACAAUCCAGACAACUUUAAUCCCGCAGAAAAGUGUCUCCAAAUCUCCAAUCUAUACACCAUCAAGAGAAAUUGACAGAACCACAGGGACAUCAGAGCAGCAGGCAUAUGUAUACAAGGAACUCGAUUGGGACAUUUCUUAUACAACGAGAACACCAUUUAUUCAAUCAAAUAGAAUUUCUACAUCCGAGAGAUCUUACACAGCUGCUCAAAACAGAGUCAACAAUAUCACACCCCCAACACAGAGGUAUAAUGCUCACAUAGCAGCAACAAGGAGACCAAAACCUACAGCGCAAAGUGGCACCAAAGAGAGUACAGAGAACACCAUUUCUUUUAAUACACUAAACACACUCAUAGGAGAACAAGACUACAUUUCCGCACAUAACAGAAACAGUGUAAAAGGUAUCCUUAUCACAGCCAGUCCCAAUGUUUCUAGUUCUCAACCAACGACUAUGCUCACGACAAGAAAACCCAAAAUACUUGGUGGCAAUGCAGCUAGCUUUACAGUUUUGACCAACUCAAAUGCUCUACUACCAUGUGAGGCUGUUGGAGACCCACUGCCAGUGAUAUCUUGGAAACGCUUCUCUUCAAGCACAGGAGACACAGUUGCCAUCAAUGGAAGAAUGAGCAAGUUUGAGUUGUUAAGCAAUGGCACAUUGUUAAUACAGAAGGCCAACAUAAAGGACCGUGGCCAAUAUAUCUGUAUUGCUGAGAAUGAUCAUGGGACAGACAAACUUAUAGUCACCCUCUCUGUGGUAGCUUACCCCUCACGUAUUUUAGAGCCAAAAAUGAGAGAAGUCAAGUCUCAUGCAGGAAAUACUGUGGAGAUCAAAUGUAAGGCAGAUGGCCGGCCCGCACCUACAAUAUCUUGGAUUCUGGCAAACCGGACUCAAGUAAGAGGACAAAGCACACAUAAUGAAAGGGUGUCAGUGACUUCUGGUGGGACUCUGGUUAUUAGCCCAGUGUCUGUUUUUGACAGAGGCCAUUACAAGUGCAUUGCUAGUAAUCCAGCUGGAGCUGAUACUGCUACAGUUCGCCUGCAUGUAGUUGCUGCUCCACCAGGUAUCUUGGAGGGGAAACGGGAGCAGAUGAAGGCAGUUUUAAACCAAAACUUAUGGCUGCCCUGCACAGGUCAAGGUAGUCCUCAGCCUAGAAUUCACUGGGUGCUGCACGAUGGUUUGGUCGUGGAUUCAAAUACAUUUGCCUGGGACAACAGGAUAUCUGUUUAUGAUAACGGAACUCUCCGAAUUCAGGAAGUGGCUUUAGUUGACAAUGGCAAAUAUGAAUGUAUUGCAACCAGCUCUACAGGUUCGGAACGAAGGGUGGUGACUCUGACUGUCGAAAGACAAGAAUCUGCACCUAAAAUAGUGUCAACAUCCCAUCAUUUAACUGACUUGCAUUUUGAGGAUCAGCUCAAACUGAACUGCACAGCAACUGGGAAGCCUAAACCCAGCAUUAUGUGGAGGUUACCAUCUAAAGCACUGGUAGACCAAUGGCAUAGCAUGAGCAGCAGAAUCAAAGUCCUGGAAAAUGGCACUCUAAUAAUCAAAUCUGCAAUUGACGAAGAUGCUGGGGACUAUCACUGUAUGGCAAAAAACAUAAAUGGUGUUGAUAUUCGACACAUGAGGGUGAAGGUGUCAAUGAAGCCGGCUAAGAUAGAACACAAGCCCCAUGGCAAGAAGAAGGUUCUGUAUGGUAAGGACUUGAAGGUUGACUGUAAAGCCUCAGGCACUCCAAAGCCAGAGAUCUCCUGGGGACUACCAGAUGGUACUGUUGUUAACGAUGUUCUGCAGGCUGAUUCCUUUAGCGGAGGAAGUAGAAUACGACGUUAUACUCUGUUUGAUAAUGGAACGCUUUAUGUGAAUCAAGUUGGCAUGUCAGAGGAAGGAGACUACACUUGUUUUGCUGAAAACCAAGUGGGGAAAGAUGAAAUGCAUGUUCAUAUCACAGUGGUGACUGCUGCUCCCAUUAUACGUCAAGACAGUGAGACCUUUGCCAGAUUGAAACCUGGAGAUAACAUCCGCUUUGACUGUGAAGCAGUUGGUGAACCCAAACCCAGGAUCCUGUGGAUGUUACCCACCAAUGACGUCAUAGCAGCAUCGAAUGAACGCUACUUGUUACAUGUAAAUGGCUCUUUGGAUAUAAGGAAUGCAAAGUCGAUCGAUAGUGGAGAAUAUGUUUGCAUGGCUCGCAAUCCAGGUGGUGAAAACAGAAGGGUUUACAAACUUGAAAUUGGUCGUAACCCACCUGUUAUUAAUGGCUAUCAUCAGAAUAGGACUGUAUUGAAAGAUUUUUCUACAAAAUAUUCCAGGAAACUAAUGGACUGUAAAGCUGAAGGCAAUCCAACUCCAACCAUCACCUGGAUAAUGCCAGAUAAUAUCUUUCUGAGGGCACCAUACUUCGGAGGUAGGAUUAAUGUCCAUCAUAAUGGAACCUUGGAAAUUCGUAAUGUACGUCCUACUGAUACGGGAGAGUUCAUUUGCAUGGCAGCAAAUGAUGGAGGAGAGUCUGUAUUAGUGAUACAGCUCGAGGUCACAAAUAUGCUUCGAAGGCCCAUUUUCAAAAACCCUUUCAAUGAACGGAUUGUCUCUCCAUUAGGGAAAACCAAUGUUCUCAACUGCUCUGCUGAUGGACACCCAAAGCCACAUAUUUCCUGGAUCUUGCCAAACGGAACACGGCUUACAAGUGGGUAUAACGCCCACAUACAUGGAGAUAACGAUGGGACUUUGGUCAUCUAUAACUCUCGUGUUGAGGAUGCUGGGAAAUACCGCUGUGGUGCGAAGAACAUAAUGGGCUACAUUGAAAAGCUUAUCAUUUUGGAUGUGGGGCAGAAGCCUUACAUCCUUACAAGGCCAAGAGGCAUUAUACGCACUAUGUUCGGGAAUCCUCUUUUCCUUCACUGUCUUUCUGAAGGAAGUCCAAAACCCAGGAUUUACUGGACUCUUCCUGUGGGCCACACUCUCAACAUGCCUCAAGUCCUCGGACGCUACACUUUGCUAGAAAAUGGUACUCUAGUUGUGCAUGAAACCACUCUCCAUGACCGAGGGAAUUAUAUCUGUAGAGCUCGUAAUGAUGCGGGAGAGGCUGUACUAACAGUCCCUGUUGUUAUUAUUGCCUACCCUCCACGUAUCACCACAAUGCCACCCCCUACCUUGAGUUUAAUGGCGGGGACACCUAUUAGGCUGAACUGCGCUGCCACUGGUAUACCUAAGCCAGAGAUCACCUGGGAGCUGCCUGAUCAUUCCAUUAUGUCGAUGCCACAGCAAGGGAGACUGUUGGGAGGGGAAGUACUUCAUCCACAAGGCACGCUUAUCGUCCAGAAGCUCUCAGCCUUCGACUCUGGCACGUACAAGUGUGUGGCCAAGAACUAUCUGGGUUCAGACUUUAAGGCUGUAUAUGUGCGUGUACUGUAAAAAUAAAAAAGGAAACAAACGUUAGAGACAUUUGAAUCAGCAGGGUAAGAGGCCCUCUUGUUUGUGAAGUUAAUAGGAUUACAGCAUGUACAGUACAUAAUUACAAAUUAUAAAUUGAUGAAAUCAAACAUAACUGAAACAAAAACACUUCUGGGAGGACAUGUAAUUGUUAUUUUAACUUGCAGCUGAAAAUCAUAUGGCUGGCACUCAUUCUUGGGGAGAUUUUUAAGGAACAGAAAUCAUUCAUACAUUCACAUUCAAAGUGAUUCCUAUGAGGGUAGCCACACAUAUGGCUACAAUUAGAGCACAUACAAUUUGUUCGUAGUUUUAACAUUAGCAGCAAAUUUAGAAGAUGUUGUACAAAUCUUGUGAGAUCAAAUUGUUAUUAUUAAUAUAAUGGGUGGAUUUUUAUAAAAAUAUAGUUAUAAAGAUUGUUUUACACUGGAUGCAGACAGCAUAUGAUGACAUUAAACAUGCUGUAAUACACUAUUCCAUAAUUCCGCUUUUAAACUGAUGCAAUUAUUUCUUCUAAUUGUGCAGAUAAAACCUUUUUAAUAACUUGUGAUUGAUUGUGUUGUACACAAAACCUUACAGUAAUGUUAUACAUUAUGCUUAUCAUUAAGAAUACAGUAUAUCUUUGUGUCAUACCUACUAAUGUAUGGGAGAAAAUAAACCUUUAACAUG